AUGAGCUCUCACACCAACCCAGACAGCACGGCCCCUCUGGCCACCAAGACACCCGUCGCCGAUGGCCCAGCCUCUGUCAAUGGAACCAACAGCACCACCGAGCGCCCUGUCGGCUUCCAGCGCCACGGCGAGAUGCGGGUCGAGCCGCCCCGCAAGCAGGACCUCCAGCAGAGCUACGCCUCCAUUGUCGGCGACGAUGCCAACCCCCCGGGCUGGUACGGCAGCAUGAUCAACGCCCUCGGCUCCGUCACCGGAACCCUUGGCGCCAUCCCUUGCUGCAUCUGCUGCCCCAACCCUUACAAGCAGGUCCACCAGGGUAACGUCGGCCUCGUCACCAAGUUUGGCAAGUUCUACAAGGCUGUCGACCCCGGCCUUACCAAGAUCAACCCUCUCAGCGAGCGUCUACUCCAGGUCGACGUCAAGAUCCAGAUUGUCGAAGUUCCCCGCCAGACCUGCAUGACAAGGGACAACGUCACCGUCGACCUCACCUCGGUCAUCUACUACCAAAUCACGUCUCCGCACAAGGCCGCCUUUGGCAUCUCCAACGUGCGCCAGGCUCUGAUUGAGCGUACCCAGACCACCCUUCGCCAUGUUGUGGGUGCUCGCGUCCUCCAGGAUGUCAUUGAGCGCCGCGAGGAGAUUGCCCAGAGCAUUGGCGAGAUCAUUGAGGAUGUCGCCACCGGCUGGGGUGUCCAGGUCGAGAGCAUGCUCAUCAAGGACAUUGUCUUCAGCCAGGAGCUCCAGGGCUCGCUCUCUAUGGCCGCCCAGAGCAAGCGUAUCGGAGAGUCCAAGAUCAUUGCGGCCAAGGCCGAGGUCGAGAGCGCCAAGCUCAUGCGCCAGGCCGCCGACAUCCUCUCGUCUGCCCCCGCCAUGCAGAUCCGCUACCUCGAGGCCAUGCAAGCGAUGGCCAAGUCGGCCAACAGCAAGGUCAUCUUCCUGCCUGGCGCUAGCUCGUCCAUGGCUGCGUCUGGCUCCGGCAACGGCGACUUCAAUGCUGCUCUCAACAACAUCGUUACCCAGGAGGGUGGCGAGGGCAACAUCUUCAGCACUGGAGGCGACAACAACGGUUUCGGCCAGGCUAUGAACGCCCGCAACAUCGAGAACAUUUAA